GGGAGCCGCGCCCGCAGCCGCCGGCCGCGCGGCCGGACGAGGGGGCGAUGGAGCUGGAGCCCGAGCUGCUGCUGCAGGAGGCCCGCGAGAACGUGGAGGCGGCGCAGAGCUACCGGCGGGAGCUGGGCCAGAGGCUGCAGGGGCUGCGGGAGGCGCGGAGGCAGAUCCAAGAGAGUGCAUCACAGACAAGAGAUGUCCUCAAACAGCAUUUUAAUGAUUUAAAGGGAACUCUUGGGAAGCUCCUGGAUGAGCGAUUGGUGACCCUUUUGCAAGAGGUGGACACCAUUGAACAGGAGACCAUUAAACCGCUAGAUGACUGCCAGAAGCUCAUAGAGCAUGGAGUUAACACUGCAGAGGACUUGGUCCAAGAAGGUGAGAUCGCCAUUCUUGGUGGUGUAGGAGAACAGAACGAAAGCCUGUGGAGCUUUACCAAAAAGGCCUUACACAUUCAGUUGGACAGUUUACCAGAAGUGCCUUUACUGGUUGAUGUGCCUUGUUUAUCUGCUCAGUUGGAUGACUCAGUUCUUAACAUAGUGAAAGACCACAUUUUCAAGCAUGGAACGGUAGCAUCUCGCCCACCAGUACAGAUAGAAGAACUCAUAGAGAAACCUGGAGGCAUCAUCGUACGAUGGUGUAAGGUGGAUGACGACUUCACAGCCCAAGAUUACAGGCUCCAGUUCCGUAAAUGUACUUCAAAUCAUUUUGAGGACGUGUAUGUAGGCUCUGAAACUGAAUUCAUAGUAUUGCACAUAGACCCCAAUGUUGAUUAUCAGUUCAGAGUCUGCGCCCGAGGAGAUGGCCGACAGGAGUGGAGUCCUUGGAGCGUCCCCCAGAUAGGUCAUUCCACAUUGGUGCCUCAUGAGUGGACAGCUGGCUUUGAGGGGUACAGUUUGAGCAGUCGAAGAAAUAUAGCACUCCGGAAUGAUUCUGAAUCCUCAGGUGUUCUCUACUCCAGCGCUCCAACUUAUUUCUGUGGGCAGACGUUAACAUUCAGAGUUGAAACUGUGGGACAACCAGACAGAAGAGACAGUAUAGGAGUGUGUGCAGAAAAACAGAAUGGAUAUGACUCUCUGCAGCGGGAUCAAGCAGUGUGCAUUAGUACAAAUGGUGCAGUUUUUGUAAAUGGAAAAGAAAUGACUAAUCAGUUGCCCGCAGUUACUUCUGGGUCCACUGUCACAUUUGACAUUGAAGCUGUGACUCUAGGAUCCACCAAUAAUAAUGAAGGCGGAAACUUCAAGCUUCGAGUAACUAUUAGCUCAAAUAACAGAGAAGUGGUUUUUGAUUGGUUACUUGAUCAGUCUUGUGGUUCUCUUUACUUUGGAUGCUCAUUUUUCUAUCCUGGGUGGAAAGUAUUGGUUUUCUAGAUUUCUGGAUGAUUGGCUUUGAUUUGCAGGGUUUUAAUGGAGCUGUCCUCAGCCUGGUUUAGUUGUAAUUGAUUAAAAAAAUUGUUAGAUUCAUUUCUCAGUUAAGCCAUGGGAAAUGGAAAUUGUUUACUGGGUUUAUUUUGGAAUAUUUCAGCAGUAAGAGUCUUGAAUAUAGUGGACAAAACCGUAAUGCAGUCAAUUUUAUUUCUAGCAUAGUGUUAAUGGAAAUAAUCGCAUCGUAAUAAACAUCAAAUUGGCUUUUAAACUGUGAGGAGAUACAGAAAGCCCUAUACCCUUCCACUGUACUUCUUUUUAAAGUUGGUUAUUAGAUCAGAAAAACUUAAUGUAACAUUAUUUUGUUGAAUCUCCAUCUUUUAAGGAUCCAAGGCCAUGUAAGACUUUAGAAUAAAACACCAGGAAUAGACCAGAUGGAAGCCCGAGUUCUGUAAUAUGCGUUCACUUGUGUGCCCUCCACAUGAAUGUUGACUGUGCUCUCCAUGUUCAGGUGUUUCUAAGCAGUAUUGAAUUUUAUGUCAUGUUCAGUAAUCUUUAAGCCUCAAAAGCAUGAUAAUUUUUGCAUUUUUAAAAAUUACUGAGCAAACGUCUACAAUAGGCAGAGUAUUUUCUUUUGUUCUUUCCUUGCAAUUUGAUUCUCAAUAGGCUAGAGGGUUUUUACAGGGUAAAACUACUUCUGGAAGUAGUGUGCACAGCAGUGUUAGCCAUUCACUGUAUGUAAUAUGCAAAUGUGCACAUCCAACCUCAGUGAUAAGCAUGUUACUAUUCAUAGGGUGUGAGCUGCAGUCCAGUUUAAUGUCAGUUUUACAAAUGGUCUUGUAGUGGACCAAAACAAAUAGAGGGUAAAUACUUGACCUAUUUUUUUGGAAAACUUAAAUUUGUGUAAAAUAUUUAUUUGAAGGACUUACUUAGUAUGUAAAAAUGAUUAUCUUGCUAUACUAGCCUACAGAUUUUUUUUUAAUGUGAAUUUUUUUUUUCAUUUUUAACAGUAGAAAAGUGGACAAGCAAGUUUGAUAUUUUUGUAAGAUAAUUUAUUUGGGGAUUCAAAUUCCCUAUUAGACAAUCAUCACCUUUUUCCCUUGCCUUUUUAUAUAUAAGUAAGUCGUCUUUCACUUGUUUAGUGAUUGUUAAGAAGAUGUGCUAGAAUAUAGAUGCCUCGUCCAGCUGUCUGAAACAAAAUAAAAAACUAAAAGUUAAAUGUGUGUA